AAUUGACAAGACGAAAAAAGUUGUAAUAAUGAUUGGAAAACUAACUGUCAAUCCCAGUAAAUGGAAACUCUAAUGACACUCAUUCCUGGUUCUCAAUUAGUAACCAAUCAAUUCACUUUGAUAUAUUGAUUAGAUUAGAUCAAUUGAUUGAGUGGACAAUUUUGAAAAGGAAUUCAAAAUCUAUUCCAUCACCUUGUCACCAUCUGAAUAAGAACACUGAAAGUUUUGAGAAUUUAAUCAAACCAAAUUAACGAUCAACUGAUUAAAGAAAAUUAAUUGGGUUUCUGCGCCAUCUUCAGGUAAUAUUACUAAUCAGUUGCUUCCAAAUGGAAAGAUGAAAGUGGCGACAAUGUUGUCGAAUCAUUGAAACUGUUUCUCUUUCUUUUCUCUCUCUUUGCUCUUUAAUUCUUAUGUAUUUUUAUGUCAUCAAACAUUUAAUUCAAUUUGUUAGUUAAUUUAUCUUCUUGUUUUGAUUAGUGAUUUUUUCUUUUUCCAAUGUAAUUUAUGAUUCUGGUUCAAUGGAAUCAACAUGUUUACCUUUUAGCUGAGAAUCUUUUUCACUUUUUGUUUCAUUUUCUCCAUGAAAAAAGUGCUCAACUGAAAACCUUUACAAUUCUUUCCUGUAUUUAUCCUCUUUCGCUUUCUCUUUCUAUCUCAAUCUUUUUCCUUUUUUACUCUUUCUUUUUUUUUCUUUUUUCUUCUUCUAUUUUUUGUGUUGAUUGAAUUUCGUUUCUCUUUUUUUUUCUCUAUCACCAUCUCUCAUUUCUCAUGUAAUCGACUGAACCAGCUCUCUCUCUUUUUCUUUCUCUUCUUCUCUCUCCCUCUUCCAUUUUUCUCGCAUCAACACGAUUUAUUUUCUUCACCGUUUUUUCCUGCUAUUUUUGGAUGACUCGUGAUGAAAAUUGUACGACAACCUCUAGGCCUGUUUACCAAUUCAGUUGAACAUUUAACUUCAAUGUUCAAUAUUGAACAUCUGUUUUUCCUUAUAUUCUAUUCAUUUUUUUCGUCAAUUGACUGAUUUCUGUUACUUUUACCUAUUUUUUAUCUUCUCUCUCACGUCAUCUUCUUUUCUAACUCUCUGUUUACCAAAUACCUUGUUUUUCUAUCACCUUCAUUUACUCUGAUAAUUUGUUGAUCAACAUUGGUUUUCGAUUUAUUACCAAUGUCACAUUCUCGCAAUACAACUUCAGUUCAAAGUCAAACCGAACUGACCGAUGAAGACUCUGAUGAUGAUGGCGAUCAAACUUCCGCUAGUAGAAAGAUAAGAAGCCGUUUACCUAAUAAAAAGUAUGCUCAGGUUAUCUUGCGACAUAAUAACAAUCAGAAUGGUGCAGAUAAAGGUGAUAAUUCUGACAGUGUCCAUGAAAGUCAAGCUGAUUCAUCAUCUGAUUCAGAAGAAUCAACAUCAGAUUCAGAGUCUGAAUCUUUUGAUUCUGAAGGAGAUUCAAUGGAAGAAGAAGAAAAUAACUCUGACAAUUGUGAUGAUGAUGAUGAUGAUGAUGACGAUGACGAUGGUGAAGUUAAAUCCGACAACGAAUCUAAUUGUGAAUUAUGUUGCCAAUCAAAGACUAAUUUACGUAGUGCAAAUGUUAGUCAUUCAGAAAUGAUUCCCAAUGGAUCUUCAUCAUCAACUUCUCGAUCAACAAUAAGUUCAUCAAAUGCAACAUCUAAAUCAAAUAACCAAGAGAUUAGCAAAGUAGUUAAUAAGUCUUUUGGAAUGAAAAAUGUGCGAAGUAAUCAAGUGCAAUCAUAUUUAAAGGAUAAUAUCAAAAAUUUAAAUUCAUAUCCUGUUAAACACUGGAUGAACAUUGGUAAAACCGUUUUCGUAAGGUGGACAAAUGGACUUUAUUAUCUGGGUGUAAUUGAGAAGAUUGAAGAUGAUAAAGGACUUUGUUUAAUUCGUUACGAAGAUGAUUCAAGAUAUUGGACUCAUUUUAAAGAUAUUCAUACACAAUUAUCGGCCAAUACGAUUUUCUCUGAUUCAGAUAUAAUCUGCAGUGAAUGUCGUGAUGGCUCCUCUAAGUCACCCAAUGAGAUAGUCAUUUGUGAUGUGUGCAAUCAAGGUUAUCAUCAAUUAUGCCAUAAACCUCAAAUACCUGAUUCCGUAUUGGAACCUGAUGCCCCAUGGACUUGCCGUACUUGUCUUUAUGCCCUUGGUGCUCGAGAAGGUGGAGCAGAAAGGGAUACAGCGGUUGGUGAAGCUAUGAAAUUAACGAAAACAGUUUUCCAUUAUGAUUUAACAAAAUUAACCUGGAACGAUUAUCAUCAAGCUAAUAGGGAAAAUAUUUAUUGCUAUUGCGGUGGACCUGGACGGUAUCACUCUCGAAUGCUUCAAUGUCAUAAAUGUUUACAAUGGUUCCAUGAGGCUUGUAUUCAAGAGAUAGAAUCACCUUUCCUGUAUGGGGACCAUUUUUAUCAAUUUACUUGUGGUGUUUGCAAUAAAGGAGAUGAAAUUGUCGAGAGACUUUCAAUGCAUUGGAGUGAUCUGGUUGCCAUUAUACUGAAUAAUUUAACUCUACAACAUAGGAAGCGAUUUUUUGACCUGUCAAGUGAAAUUGUUCCAUUUAUUAUUCGAAAUAAUUCAAAAUUUAAAACCAAAGGAUAUAAUCUGAUGAAAAUGGGUGAAGAUGAACUAUCUCAAAAGGUUCUCUCCGUUCUGAUGAAGUACAAGAAAAAGUUCAUUUGUGAUCGAGAUCGAGAGAAAUUGACUCACUGGGCUUUACGAGUUCCUUGGCCUUUUCCAUGGCCCCAAUUUUAUGCUCCUAAAACAUUUUGGUCAAAUUGUGAUAAACGUGUAACUCAGACCAUCAACAGCAACAACAACAACAACAAUAAUAAUAAUAAUAAUAAUAAUAAUCUCCAGUCAAUCAAUUCUAUUCGAUCAAGGUCUCCACCCGCUUUUCCUCUUAUCUAUGGAGCUUGCAGGAAAGGGGCUUCCAUAUAUCCAAAACCAGCAAGUAUGAGACACUUAGUGAGACACAAGGAAAGAAAAAGAUCUCGUCGUAAAUCUCAGGAGAAAAGAAAAUCAAAAAUAAAUCUGCCUGGUGUAGGUAAUAUUAAUCAUGAUUCUACAGAUAAAACAUCUUCAUCUACAUGUAAUAUAAGUGCAUUAAAAGAAAUAGCGACAACAUCAUCUUCCACCAGUUUGCCAGGAAAAGAUGCUUUGAAUGAUAGGAAUAAAGAGCAUCUUAGGACAAGGAUCAAAAUUACCACAAAUUCUCGUUGGAAAUGUAAGAGGCCACGAUCAGAAUUAAAAGAUCAACACUCAGAUGACGUAGAUUUUGGUAAUGAUGGUUCAUCUUCACAAGAAGAUAGCACUGGAAAUGAUGAUAAUGAUAAUCAUGAUUUAGGGACAAUCGACUCAUGUCUCGAGAAAGUAAUACCAUUACCUGAAAAUUUCGAAGGACAUAAUAAUCCUUUUUUCGAUAUAAAUGAGCAAAGUGAAUCGUCAACUUCAUCUAUUGUUAACUCAGCUGAUAAAGUUAAUCAGUUAUCUUCAUCUCGUAUCAUUACUACCAAUGAUACAAAUCACAAUUCUAAUCAACACGAGAGUGGCUACCAAAUUAUACGAAGUGGUACUUGCUCCAAAUUAACUCUUAAAAGGAUAACCGGACACCCAAUGGAUAAAGAAUCUCCCAAGUCACCAAUUAAAUCACCUGAGGUGGAGGCUAAAUCUCCUGUUCAUGUGGAAACACCGAAUGAUUCAAUUCCUCGAAAGUGUAUAAUUAAAGCGCAAAGGUUAACUGCUGAUGGUAAACUUGAAUAUUUACUAGAAUGGGAAUAAUAAUUAAUAAUAAUGUAUAAAUCAGAUUUAUUGGAAAUUAAGGAAACAAUAAUUGAAAGCAAACCAUUAAUCAAAUGAUGACAAUAUACAUCAUGUAUAUAAUAUAAGCUUUCAUCAAAUCAACAUCUCCAAAGACUUGAACAUAUUUAGUCCAACAAGACUUACGAUGCCAUCAUGGAAGAUUUUUAAAAUUAACAAUCAAGCAAAUUUAGAGCCGAUUAAACCAAGGGGCAAUCUUACAAUCAAUCAGUAAAUUGCUGAACUGAAAGUAAACCAACUCACCAAAAAUAUUUACCAUUGUUCCUUCAUGGAUUUUUUAUAUCCAGGCGAUAAAUUAUUAUCUAAAAAUCUAUUGGCAAUUUAGCUGCAUUUCAUUUUGACUUAAUUAGAAUCAAACCAUUGGAAUUUAAUCAACCUUCAGAUGAACAAUUGAUCAAUCAAAUGGAUCACAAUCAAAUGAAUUCACAAAUAGGGUAAAUAAUUGGAUUGCUGAUGAUCAAUGUCAUCAAGCAGCUUGUUAAUAAUCAACAACAAGAUUUAAAUUGACUAUUAAACAACUAUGGCAGAAUCGACAAUUUAAAUUAACACCCUUCCUGGAUAUUGAUGAAUCUUAAGUUAAUUAUCAUGAAACGCUUGAGGGUAUGGCCAGUAUAAAAAUCCUGUGCAAAUGAUUAACAUACAAAACUUUAAUCAUCUUUACUAUGAAAAAAACGCAAAUUAUUGUUUGUAAUUUAAUUUAAAAAACAACAUCAACAAAAGCUACAAAAAAAAUCAAUUGAUUCACAUCAACAAUCAAUGGAAAUAUUAAUUUAAACUCAUUGAUUUCAUAUUCAUACAAAAAAAAACGAAUUACUGAUCAAAUCAUAUAGUUUAACAUUCAAAUAUAAAAUUGAUCAUAAAUUGUAACUCUAAUUGUGAAGUUUGCAAUAUCCUUUCAAUUGUAUUGAUUGGAAAACUGUAAAGAGCAACCAAAAUACGUAAUCAUGAAGCUCCCACUGAGUGGGUUCAGCUUUCAUCUUCCUCCCCUUGUAACUCACCUUUUUCAUCUCUAAUGUUCAUCAGAUUGAAUAAAAAACAAACUGAAACAAUA